CCCCUAAUUGCCCCCUGCCCUGUCCAGGUCACCCCCGCCCCUCAGGGACCCCCACUUCCUAUUGGCUCCAGACCACUUGUGAUCUCACUUCCCGUGGGCUUGGGCCCCUUGCGAGGCAACUUCCUGCUGGGGUCCGAGCUGCCCGUGACCUCCCUUCCCGUGGGUUGGAGCCCACUUGUGAUGCCGCCCCCUCCCUGCAGCCUUCCCCUGGGGUUGGGGCAGGGCACGGGAGGGGUGACCCCAAGGCCCAGCUGGCUCUGGGGGGCACCGGCCCCAUAACGGGCGUCUCUCCCACUCAGUCUUCAGGUCAACGGAGGACGUCCUGCUCCGGUACGCGGGGCCUAGUGGGUAGAGCGGGGCAGGGCGUGUUGGGUGCCGGGGUUGAGGCCGACCUUGACCCCGAUCCAGGGACAACCAGCGGAUGAAGCUCGAGGUCCAGGAGCUGCGGGAGCUGCAGGAGACGCUGCAAGAUGACCUGUACGUGCUGGAGGAACAGCUGUGGAGGGGAGUUCGGAGCCAUCGGGGGCAUGAGCGGAGCUGGGGGGGUAGCUCCCCCACCCCCCAAAUAAACCCCCUGUGGGGUCUGCUCUGCCCCCCAUCAAUCAAAGCUGCAGGGGGCGGGGCUGGCAGGGCUGUGGCCCCACCCCGGCUCCUGGAGUGGGCCUGAACCUGGCUUCUCCUCCCUGUGGGGGGGCAGGAUCAGGGCCCCUCCUGUUGCUACAGAGAGGGGCGGGGCGGGGCGGGGUGGGGGGGCUCUCCUUCAGGCCCCCAUGACCUCCCCCUGCCCAGACAGGGCGUCUGGAUCCAGCCUGACUCCGAGCCCCCCUGCCUCUGUCUGCAGCCUCCUUUCAUGGGGGGGGGCUUUAAGUCUUCACUUGCCGGCCAGACAGAGCCCCAGAGGUGGGCGAUGAUUGGCAGCAGCCCCCCCGCCCCCCCCAUCGGGGUCUCUGGCCCAGUCCGAUCCCCCUGGGGUGACCCAGGAUGGGGGGGAUUCCCGUCAGGGCAGGGGGAACCCAAACUGGCUUCUCCUUGAUACCCCCCCCCCGCAGCCCCCAGGUCUCGGGGCCCUGCAAAGCUGGAGCCAGUCCCCCCAGCUCGGGGCUGGGGCUGGAUACAGUUGCCAUCUCGUUGCCAUCUCCCGUGGCGUCUGGCCCCUUGUUGCCCCAAACCUUGUGGGGGGGGGGUCAAGGGGCUCCCCCACUCCCUGCACCCCCUGCUCGUCUUGUCCGCUUCGCCCAUGUUGGGGGGGCCCUGGGGGCAUAAACACCCCUGGGGACACAAGGAUGGCCUCGUGGGUGCAAGAGGGGUCCCAGUGGGAGUCCUGUGAGUGUGCAAGGGAGUCUCUGUGGGGGUCCCAGUGGGAGGUCUCAGUAGGGAUCUCCAUGGUGCUCCCAUGAGUGUGCAAGGAGGUCUUAGUAGGGGUCCUAGUGGGGGUUUCAGUGGGAGUCCCAUGAGUGAGCAAGGGGGUCCUGGUGGGGGGGGUCUCUGCUCAUUUUCACCCCCAGCCUUUGAAGAUGGAGGGUGACACUGCCCGGUGCCCCUCCUCCUCCCCCCCCCCCAUUACCCCAGAGCUGGGGGCAUCCACAGGGGCUUCCUGCCCCCCCCCAAACCCUGGAGCUAGAUCCACCCCAUGGCUUUCCUGCGGGGGGAGGGUGGGCACAGUGGGGGGGCAGCCCCCUGCUCCCUGCCCUGCACUGGCCCUUUAAACACAGACUCCACCUCUGCCCUGGGGGGCUUUAAACCCCCCGCCCCGGGGUCCCCGGGACAGAAAUGCACCAUGUCCUGCUCCACUCCGGAUCUGGCCCCAGCCUUCGACAUGUGGCGCGACUACCUGGGCCUGGCGCAGGUGGUGCAGGCGCUGGCGCAGGCCCCGGAGGCCCCCCGCGCGCCGGGCGGCGAGACCCCCGCGGCCGUGUCGGCGCCCGAGGUGAUGUGCAGCUUCUGCAAGAACAACGGGGAGUCGCAGCACGUGUACAUGUCGCACGCGCUGCGCACGCCCGGCGGCGCCGUGGCCUGCCCCAUCCUGCGCCGCUACACGUGCCCGCUCUGCGGCGCCACGGCCGACCACGCGCACACGCUGCGCUACUGCCCCGCCGGCCCCCGCCAGCGCUCCGUCUACCGCAAGGGCGGGCGCAACGCCGCCGGGCACCACGUCCACCGCUGACCGGCCCCCGCCGGACCCCCCCGGAGCCGCGCCGCGCCGCAGCCCGUGAGUGCCUGGGCCCGCCCGGCCGCCGGACACGUCCGUGCCCGGAGCCCCCCCCGCACGGGGCGGGGGUGCAGCCGUGACCUGUGGGGUCCCGGCAGUUGUUGGUUGUGUUGUUGGGGGUGGGGGGCAGUGGGGACCCCGCCCCCCGCUUGUUGCACCCCUGGUUAAUAAAAGUUUGUGGCAGCAUCAGGCUGCGUGGCCU